AUGACCGUGGCCAAAAUGCCGGGAUCCACCCCGUUGAAGGCCAAGAAACAGCAGCUGUUGAUGCUGUUUUUCAAACCAGCAAGUCUGCUGCCAGCGAAAGCUCCUGACGGCAACAAAGAGAACAUUACCCCUCCUUCUUCACAACCGGCUAGUUCACCGGUCAGACGGGAGCCGAAACCCCCUCAACCUCAAGGGACGAAGCGGGCUCACGAAGAGGCGAAACCUGCCGAAAAGCCUGCUAAGCGGGUUAAACAAGAAGUCGAACCCGAGGAUGAGGAGGAGGAGGAAGACGACGAUGAAGAUAUGGACCUGCCUCACGUGUCUGAAGAUCUGGGUGACGAGUUUGUCGCUCAAAGUAGUGAUAGUGAUGCCGACGACGUGUCGGAUGCCGUUCCCGAUAGUCCCGAGCCUCCCACAGACCAUGAGCUGGACGAUGAUGACGAUGAUAUCGUGGUGAAGCCUAAGAGGCGUUCGCAACCAAGAUCGUCGCCCACCCCCAGACUGUCGUCGCGGGGUCCCAUGUCUUCUCCCGUUCCCAGACUGUCAUCGCAAAUGCCCCCUUCCUCUCCAUCAGGUUCGUUGGCAAAGUUUUCAUCAGCUCUGAAUUAUCAAGCUCCCGCGCUUGGGCUGUCACCUUUACGUACUCCAUCCAAACUGGCUCUGGGCUCGAAGUUUGCCAAAAUCAAUGAAGAACGAUACCAAUGGCUUUUGACGAUUAAAGAUGCGGAGAAGCGUACCGAAGAUGACCCUGAGUACGACCCUCGUACGCUUUACAUUCCUCAACUGGCGUGGCUGAAGUUUACGGCGUUCGAGCGGCAAUACUGGGAAAUCAAGAGUAAAAUGUGGGACACAGUGGUGUUCUUCAAGAAGGGAAAAUUUUACGAACUUUAUGAAAACGAUGCUGUCAUUGCCAAUACUCAAUUUGACUUGAAGAUCGCUGGGGGUGGUCGUGCCAACAUGCAACUAGCAGGUAUUCCAGAAAUGCUGUUUGAAUACUGGGCUAAACAGUUUAUUGAUGCUGGCUACAAAGUUGCCAAAGUCGAUCAAAAAGAGUCGCUUUUGGCUAAAGAAAUGCGUGGCGGUGGCACCAAGGAAGAGAAGAUUAUCAAACGUGAGCUUACGGGCGUACUUACCGGUGGUACGCUCACUGAUCUUGACAUGUUGAAUGGUGAUCUGGCGGUGUAUUGUAUGGCCGUAUGGCAAGAACCGCUGGCGGCUCUUACUCCUCAAUUUGGUGUUGCCGUGGUUGACGUUGCCCUGGGCCACUUACAACUUAGUCAAAUCGACGAUGACCGUGAUUGUACUCAAUUAGAGACAAUUGUGCUGCAACUUCGCCCCAAAGAAGUGGUGGUGGCAAAGCACAACCUUUCGCCAUUGGCGCAUAAGAUCGUCAAGCAGUCUGGCAAAGGCAACCAACAGCUUUGGAAUGCCGUCAAUCCCAUCACUGAAUUCUGGGACACUGACACAGCACGCGACUACAUCAGCAAAGCUAAUUGGUUCCCUCAAGAGAACCCUGACGAUAUGAGCAAUUACCCGAAGGUGUUAGCCGAAUGUAUUAAAGAUUACCAAACUGCCUUCCUGGCAUUUUCGGGUCUUCUUUGGUACCUCACUACCUUGAAGCUUGACACUCAAAUCCUUUCUUUGGGGAACAUCACUUGGUAUUCUGCUGAGGCCGGUCCCAGUCACAUGAACAUUGACGGUACUUCAUUAGAAAAUUUAGAGGUGUUGGCGAACUGUGACGAUGGUCUGAGUCGCGGUACGCUUUUGAAGCUUGUCAACCGAGCCCAAACGCCGAUGGGAAAGCGGCGUAUGAGACAAUGGGUUAUGGCUCCUCUUGCCAGAGCCAAAUCUAUAAACGAACGCUUAGACGCUGUGGAAUUCCUUAUGAACAAUAGUGAUGUGAGGCAACAAAUUGAGCGUGCUCUUGAUGCUCUUCCUGACACUGAACGUCUACUCGCCAGAGUCCACGCAGGUACGCUUAGAUUCCGCGAAUUCGUCAAGGUGGUCGAACUGUUGGAAGCCAUCGUCAAGUUCAGGAAACUCAAAGAGAACGUUCCUGCUGAUAGUGCGCUUGGAGCGGCUUUCAAAGCCAUCCCUCACGAAUUAGCUGAGGUCAUUAGUAAGUGGGAAGAUGCUUUUGACCGGAAGUUAGCCUUGAACGACGAAGUUGUACCCUCAUCUGGGGUAGAUGCCGAUUUCGACAAUCUGCGAAACGCUUUAACUGAGCUUGAAUCUCAGCUUGCAGUUGAACUUAAAAAACUCCGUGAUGAGUUUGGCCUGAGAGAAAUCGUGUACAAGGAUCUGGGUAAGGAGAUUUACCUUAUUGAACUUCCUAAUCGGUUGGUAUCAAAGGUGCCUGACCUGUGGAUGCAAAUGGGGCUGACGUCGAAGGUGAAGCGGUACUGGCUGCCACCGGUGAAGAAAUUGGCGCGUCAAUUGAUGGAGCAGCGUGAGAUCCACAAAGUGGUGUGUGCCCUGCUUCGAACCAAUUUGUACCGGCAAUUCUCCCAAGACUUUGAGAUUUAUAAGAAGGCUGUUGAUGCUGUCAGUAUCGCCGAUGCGAUCGUGGCGCUUACCAGAGUGCUGGAACUGUUGGGAUCUCCUGCCUCCCGACCGAAGUUUGUCGAUAAUGACAUCGGCCAUCUUCGCUUUGAGAACUUGACCAAUCCCAUGCACACACGUGAUUUCAUUCCCAAUGAUGUUGAACUUGGUGGUGAAACCCCUCGCAUUGGACUUCUUACUGGGGCUAAUGCUGCUGGUAAACUGACUCUUAUGCGGACUACUGCCAUCGCCGUGAUUCUCGCCCAACUAGGAUGUUAUGUUCCUGCCUCAUAUGCCGAAUUAGUCCCUGUUGAUCGCAUCAUGACUCGUUUAGGUGCCAGUGACAAUAUUCUUGGGGGGCAGCUGACGUUCUACGUCGAGUUGGCGGAAACGAAGAAAAUCUUGAGCCAGGCGACGCCUAAGCUGUUGGUAAUCAUUGAUGAAUUGGGUCGAGGUGGUCUGAGUUCCGAUGGGUUUGCCAUUGCUGAAGCAGUUUUGUACCAUUUGGCAACGCAUACCCAGCCCCUUGGUUACUUUGCCACACACUUUGGUGGUCUUGUCGACGCAUUCAACAAGCAUCCCGAAGUGAAACCAUUACGAAUGGCGAUCAACGUUGAUGACGAGAACCGGCAAAUCACCUUCUUGUACAAAUUGGAGCCCGGCCGUGCCCCGGGGCUGUUCGGGAUGCAUGUGGCAGCGAUGUGUGGUAUCAAGCAGUCAAUUGUCGAUGCCGCUGAGGUUGCUUCAGCGCGGGUAGCUGAAGAGAACAAGCUGAUUGCUUCCAAUUCGAAGGAGCCUGAGGAGCUCGGGGUGUUAAGUGACGUCGCGUGGUAUGUGUCUGAUCGAAGCUUCAAGAGCGAUAGACAGCAAGCUUUAUCUGUUUUGAUGAACUGGGGUAAAGACAACUAG